GUGUUUUGAACGUCACGCGACAGGCCAUCCUGACAGCGAGACUGGCAUGGAUUUUCCAGCAUUAUUUCGUCUCAUUCUCAGCUAUCUGGGCAUAGAUCUAGACAAUACUGGAAGCUCUUCUGCUCAUCAUACUCGUAAGCGAUUCGCCUCUAGCGGAAGUUUGGUGAGAUUCAUUGCGUUCUAUUUACCUCUACCAGCUGUGAGAAGGCCUUAUGUCAACUUUGGUCAAGUUUGUCAUGGGAGACAACAGUUUAUGUCUUUUGCUGAUGAAGAUGGGCCUAUGAUAUUUGCAAACGGAUUCACUUCUAACGAUUGUCAAGAGGUUGAGUUUUGUGAUGACGACGAUUCUGUGUGCAGUGAAGUCAGCACGAUAUUCUCUGUUAGCAGAAGUAUGAAGUCUACUGAAAUAAAUUGUGCAGGCGCCUUUCGAUCUUCAUCUCCAACACCAUCAACUAUCAGUCAAGAUCCUGAAGCGAUGGCAAAAAUCUCGGCUCUAGAAGAUCAACUUGCUUGUCUUCGUCAGCAGAUAGCUUUGAUCAUCACAACACAACAGCCGUCUCUUCCUUCUGUGAUGGUGUGUACACCAGCUCCUCCUCCUCCUCCUCCUCCUCCUCCUCCUCCUCCUCCUCCAGUUGUAGCUCCUGCAGCACAAGUUUCCGUCAUUGACAUCAUCAAGAGAAACAGAGAGCAUCGCAAAGAGAAGGAGGAAGAGACAGACAACAUGCCAGCACUGCCCAACAUGGCAGACGUAUUGAGAGACAUGAAUAAAGUCAAACUCAGAAGUGUAGCAAGGUCACCCGGUGGGACUCCUUUACGUCAGCGACCUAGAGAAACACAAGGCAACGAUCCGGCAUCUUUAAUUGCUGCAGCCUUGAAAAGAAAGUUUGCCCAUCGUCACAAUGAGUCACCAGACAAAGAAAAUUCCCACAGCAACAGUCCUUGUUCUCCUCAAUGGGACACUAAGUCUCCCACAAGUUUAGGAACGGUGCCAUUUGGUCGCCAUCUUCUCAACCCAAUCAACAAAGGAAAGAUGGGACAGACAGUUGCCAGGCAAUCGCCGCUGAAACCUGUAAAUUAGGGUUGCAUGCUCGCUGUAUAGAGUCUAUAGACUGUGAUUUUCAGGGCAGAUUUAAGGACAGGGAAUGUCGAUGUAGCGAUUGUUUUAUAGCACAAGUUACAGUAGUGAAUACCAAUUUGAAUAACAUUGAGUUAUGAGAGUUAAGAAUAUGUCUGUUCAUCCAUCCAUCCAUUCGUCUGUCUGUCUGUCUAUUCAUCUGUCCAUCCAUCCAUCUGUCUGUCUAUCUGUCUGUCCAUCCAUCCAUCUGUCUGUCUGUCUGUAUGUCCAUCCAUCUCUUUGUCUGUCUGUCUGUCCAUCUAUCUGUCUGUCUGUCCAUCUAUCUGUCUGUCUGUAUGUCCAUCCAUCUGUCUGUCUGUCUGUCUGUCUGUAUGUCUAUCUAUCUGUCUGUAUGUCCAUCCGUCUGUCUGUCUGUCUGUUUGUCCAUCUGUCUGUCCAU